ACCAUAUGAAAUUUCGAGUAUUCAAAGAACCAACUCCUUCUGAGGAAGCCUCUUCCAGCAGAGAAUCCCAAGGAGACGAAGAGAUCGGACCUCAUAUACACACAAUGAAUGGACAAGUAACCAUAGAGAGUUCCAUCACCACCAGUCCAAGCAUUAAGCGUAGGAACAAUCUAACUCGGCUGGCUCGCGUGGUGAUAGCAGAGAUGCUUGGGACAUUUAUUUUGAUGUUCAGCGUGUGUGGGAUCAUAGCAGUGACUCGUAUCAUGAAAGGGGAAGUGGGUCUCAUGGAAUACGCAGCAACAGGUGGUUUAUCAAUAACUGUAGUCAUUUUCAGCGUUGGGUCUAUCUCAGGUGCUCACGUUAAUCCCUCUGUCACUGUAGCCUUUGCAACCUUAGGUGAAUUUCCAUGGUCUAAGGUUCCCAUGUACAUUUCAGCACAAAUAGCAGGUUCUGCCAUUGCAACUUACGUGGGGAAGUCAGUUUAUGGAAUGAAAGCAGAGAUGAUGACGACACGGCCACUUCAAGGUCGUUCCAAAGCAUUCUGGGCGGAGCUCAUUUCUACCUUCAUCGUCGUCUUCCUAGCAGCUUCACUAUCUAGCCAUCCUCAAGCUUUUGCUCAUUUGGCUGGUUUCGUAAUUGGAAUUGCAAUUGCAUUAGCUAUUUUGAUCACAGGGCCUAUCUCGGGAGGGUCAUUGAAUCCUGCCAGAUCAUUUGGACCUGCUCUUAUUGCAUGGAAGUUUGAAGACAUAUGGUUGUAUAUCUUUGCCCCAACUCUCGGAGCUGUGGCUGCAACUCUCCUCUUUCGAUUGCUUCGACUUGAUAAACACCGCCCUUCCUCCUCCUCCACCGCCCCGUCGUGUGCUCUUGCUAAUCCUUCGGUUGAUUAG